UUUGUAUAAUCCCAUACAAAAGCUGGAAACAGUAAAUCUCCAGUAUGGAUGGCGUUGAGGUUAUUUACACAUGGGAAAUGGACUUCAACCGAAGCCUCCUCGGCGCUGCUACUCUCCUAGUACCUAAGAAACCGACACCGUCGCCCACAUCGUCUACAAUGCCAGUGUGGGCUCACAACUCAUGGGUCUGUUUGUUCACCGCCAUGCUAACAGUUGCUAUUGGUGGCAAUGCGAUCGUCAUUUGGAUUGUUACAGCUCACAGGAGAAUGCGGACUGUGACCAACUACUUCCUGGUGAACUUAUCGUUCGCUGACCUGAUGAUGGCAUCUCUAAACUGCCUCUUUAAUUUCAUCUACAUGCUCCACAGUGACUGGGUCUUUGGGGUGCGCUACUGUCAGCUCAGCAAUUUCAUAGCGAACGUGACUGUCGCGGCGAGCGUGUUCACUCUUACGGGAAUAUCGUUUGACAGGUACCAAGCUAUAGUAAGGCCGAUGCGGCCUCGGAUGUCAAAGACUUGUUCCCUCAUCAUGAUAGCUGGGAUAUGGGUCAGCGGAAUGCUGCUCGCCAUACCAUGCCUGCUUUACUCGACUACCAAGGAAUAUCGAUCUAAGGGAAUAUUGAAGACCGCAUGCCUGCUUUCCUGGCCAGAUGGUCUGCCCGACGUCUCUUACAUGGAUUUCAUAUAUCAAGUACUGUUCUUCGUGGUCACGUAUGCAGUUCCCAUGCUCGGGAUGACCUUCUUCUAUUCAGCUAUGGGAAGAGUCCUAUGGGGCUCAAGAUCAAUCGGCGAACUUACACAACGGCAAGCGGACUCGAUACGAUCGAAACGGAAGGUCGUGAAGAUGUUUAUUCUAGUCAUCGUCAUAUUUGGAAUAUGCUGGCUGCCCUACCACACCUAUUUCAUCUACACGCACUUCAAUCCCUCCAUACUGUACAUGAAGUAUAUUCAACACGUCUACCUCGGGUUCUACUGGCUGGCAAUGGCGAAUGCGAUGGUCAACCCAAUCAUCUACUAUUGGAUGAAUGCCAAGUUUAGAUCAUAUUUCCGAACGGCUAUUCUAUGCCGUUGGCGAGAUUCAUGCUUCCGAAGGAAACGGUCGAUGCCGGAAUCACCACCGGACUUCAUCUCCCAAUCCGGCAGCCGAUCCAGAUCAGCUGUAGAGGAGCCCAGAAGUUCAAGAGGAAAUGCAGCAGUCGCAUGGCCGCGCUCGUCGUAUCGGGAGCCCGGCCAGCGGUCGCAGAGACCGCCUUCGCUUGUUAGCUGCCCACGAUGUCCGCACCGGACGUACUACGACGCAUUCAUACAUGGGCGUAAAGUGUAAAUAGCUACGUAAAUUGAAG